GUUUAUGCUUGUGUGUUGGAAGAGUGUGCCUGUGUAUCAUAAAUUAUGGGAGUUCAUAGAACAAAUGAUAUCAGUUGUAAGUAGAUUCAUUCGUUUUAUUGAAAUAUCAGGAAAUAAGAUACUGAUCUAGUUUUGUUUAUUUCUACUUUCGAUUUCCGAUAUCUCAUACCGUCUGUUAAAUUAUAUUUUGAAUUGUAAAAUGUUCUUCGAUGAAAAGGAUUUUAUGCAAAAUAUUUCUUUGUUAAAGGAUCUUAUGAAACAUUGAACCAAGAUGGCGUGGGCCCGUUGCCCAACGGCAAGUGUUGAUGACGAAGUUGCGGGACGAAGAGGUUAGUUUUAAGUUAUCAGUUAACAGAACUAGUGUAUAUAUUUAAAUACAAUCGAUUUGCAUAUAAAACUGUUUCAGGUGAAUGAAUGUACUUGUCAAAUGUUCAGUAGGUCAUGUUAUAUAGACACAUAAAACUCUGCCCUCUCUACCAUAAUUUGUAAAAAUAAAUAUAUACUUAUUGGGCUUGUCCCUAUAGUUUCGAUUGUAUUAUUGGAAAGAUCUUUAAUCAAAAUCUUUCGUCUUUAAAACAACUAUCAUUGAACAGCAGAUGAGGCCUCUGUAUCCUAUUUUGAGGACGGAAAACACACUGCAGUUUUGUUGAAAGGCAUUCCCGAAAACGUUCACGAGGAAUUCAUUGAAAUGUUUUUUGAGAACAAGAAGAACUUUUCAGAUGUAAAGGUUCACUCCGUUUGUAUAGAUAGGGAUGAUAGAACAGCUAUAGUCAAGUUUAGGGACAAGCAAGUCUUAUUUGUGCAGCUUCCGAUGUCGUUUUGGAAAAAGAAUGUAUCAUCAUGAAGCGUGCAAAUGUGCAUAUAGAAUCGUAUCACCCCGAGCAACAAACACAAGAUGUAACACGAGCUGAAAACAAAACGGAACUGCCAAGAGUUGUUCUGAAAGAUUUGCCCAAUGCUGUAGACCGAGAAGAUAUAGAAAUGUUGUUAUGUAGCAAGAAACGUGUUGGAAACAUAGAAGUGGUUGACAUUGACUAUAAUGACGAGAAAUCCUUGGCUAUCGUGACUCUUGGAAAUCAGGAGUCACUUGAGACACUACUUGCAAAAAGUCCUUUGACAAUUUUCGGGGAAAAUGUUCAUGUCGUAUUACAUGAGUCAAUGGAACAGUCUAAGAUUCUUGUCUCAAAACUACCUGAAAAUGUCGAUUACGAAGACGUCGAAAUGUUUUUUGAAAAUAGACGCAAAUUUGGUGACAUAAAACCGUUGGAUAUUGAGUUCAACGACGGAGAUCAAUCGGCUAUUUUAACAUAUGAUACAGAAUCCAGUGCUUCUUUUGUUGUCAAUCGGUGCCCAUUAAAAAUGCGUGGAAGAGAAUUGCUACACAGAAAGCUGCCGAUAGAUAAAACAAUGGGUUCAGACGAAAUGAUAGCUGAUAAUGGAAUCGAUAAAGCACAAACGCAACUUCUUGUAGAAGACAUUCCUGAAGAUGUUGACAAGGAAAUUAUUCAGAUGUUCUUCGAAUCAAGAAGAUUCAAGUCCUGUGAGGUGAUUGAUGUUGAUUUCGACGAGAAAGAUAGAAAUGCUGUCGUCCGAUUUGCAAAACCAGAAGAUGCACAGAUGAUAUUAGAAUCGCGUCCACUUUGCCUGUGAAACCAGGAAUGGUUGGUUCAAAUAUACGUACCCGAUCCCCUGGACACGAUUGCGAUUAAAGGGCCUCCCGACGUUGUCAAUGCGAACUCUUUGUACAUAUUAGAGCUGUAUUUUGACAACGAGAACAGAUCUGGCGGUUGCGGUAUCGUAGAAAACAAAACUACAUUUGACUCUGAAAACAACAUUGCGUUUGUGACAUUUAAAGAUGAAACUGUUGCCAAGAGGGUUGUGUUGCGACAAAACCAUUACCUUGGAAAGAAACAACUACAUGUAACACUAUUCAGCCCAAAACGAUCUACAAAACAUCAAAAUCUAACACGUAACACUCUAAAGAAACCGACUAAGACGAUACGAGUCCGUGGGAUGAAGAAGAUUAGGACCAGGGAAUCUGUGAAUCGGUACUUUCAAAGCAAGAAGAGGGCUUGAGGGGGAGAUAUCGAAACGAGAUACACAGAUGAGAAGGACGAUGAUACAGUCUACAUUACAUUUAAAGAGGAAAGCGCUGCUAAAGCUGCAGCAGACCGUGAACACCACACUGUGGAUGGAGUUGACCUUACAGUAUCCCUAUACUCUCCGUCCGUUCAAACAGUGCCCUGUUAUACGAACAAGAUCCUAAUCAAAGGGAUGAACG